UAUUGGGUCCGGGAUAACUCCAUUGAGUUCAUCUUGCUAUAGCUUCCCUUGCAAGGUUGUUAGGAGUCCAACUAUAUCUUCUGGAACAAGACCUGUGCCCAUACCCACCAUCCUCACUUUUUAUAAUGAAUUAACUAAUAUAUAUGGACCUUAAGCAUACAGAGACAAUUAUAGCGGAGACCAAGACCCUGGAAUUGAACAGAGGGUUAUAAAGAAUAAAGACUUCUUCAAGUCCCUCACUAUUCUUCUUUUGAGCCCAAUCUUCCCAUGAAAGAAACAAGAACAGUAUCUUCUUAGAACGUUACUCUUUGCCAAAGUCAGCAUCUGAGUCUCUAUAUAUAUAGAAGCGAUCAUGUCCCAAGAAGAGCAACCACUACUUACUGGAUACAGAGAGACCAUCAAAAGGAAGUGACAGCAUGAUGAGCAACUUGCCUGAUCCUAUUCUCCAAUCCUUCCAGUCUCUUUGGAUCUCUGCCACCAACAUAGACUUUGGCCCCGAAUUGGCAAGCAGUAGAACUCCCGAAGAAUUUGUGGCGACCAUCAACCAUGUUCUUCAAAACCAUAGAGGCAAAAAGCUCAAUAGGUUCCGUCUCUUCUUCUGCCCAUUCGAUAUGUUUCUACCUGAUAUUGAGAACUGGAUUGCAUUUGCUGUAUCAAAGGGAGUCGAAGAACUAGAGCUGGACUUAUCCAUGGGAUAUGACCCUUCGACUGGUGAAUUUACCAAUGGAGGUCACCCCCUUAAAUUGCCAGAGUUUCUAUUUAAAUGCAAAUCGCUUACCAAUCUGAGGUUGAGCCACUGUGACUUCUGUCCACCUCCGGACUUCCGUGGUCUUAAUGGCCUCCAGUCUCUGUCCCUUUCGUAUGUAAGCAUCACAGAUGAUAUGCUCCAUUUCAUGGUAGCCAAUUGCCCUCUACUUGACAGCUUGAGUCUCAAAAGCUGCCUGAAUCUCAAAUCGAUCAAGGUCUCCGGUCAAGACAUCCAAAUUCAGAGGUUAACUGUUACAGGAUGCUGGAAUGCAUGGGAAAUGGAGAUCUGUGCUCCAAGGCUUCGAUCUUUCGUUUACUAUGGGGAACAUAUCUUUGGAGAUUCAUCCCCUAACGUCCCAUCUCUGGAGGACGCCUUCAUCAGUUCAAUCGAUAUGGAAAGCUCAGAACCUGAACAUGACUACAUAAAGUUGUUAUCUGAUCUCUCACACGUUAAGAUCCUUACUGUCUGCACAGCAACACUAAUGUGUUUCACCAUAAUGUAUGAAUAUAUACCCGAAGACCUACCAGUCCUCUUACCAAACCUGCGAGAAUUGCAGCUGCUAAUAGAUUUACUCAGGAGCGAAGAGCUUGCUUACAUCUAUGGAUUUUUCCAGCUCUGCCAAACUCCGUUCAUUGAGAAACUCUUCAUUCAACUCCCCAAAAGACCUGAAGAUCCAAAAGAUACAAGAUAUGUGCAGGAGCCAUCAGAUGUUACUUUUAACCAUCUCAAGGCUAUCAAACUAAGCAACUUUAAAGGGGGCAUGAGCGAAAUGAGAUUGGUGAGGUUUCUACUGGAGAGGGCGGUUGCUUUAGAGACUAUGGUAUUGGUCACCCCUCCGAAGGUUGAUCUAAAGGGAAGCAUCAAUCAUGAGCAAAAUCAUUCAGCAUCAGAAACCACAUCUCAAAACAACGUAGACUCGAUUUUUCUACGUGGGCAGCUGUCAUUGCUGCCAAAGACAUCAAGAGCCAAUGUAGUGCUAUGUGGAUAUUUGGAGGAUGAUAAGGCUUUAACUCCAAAGCAUACAGAAUACUUCACAGACUUCUAG